AUGAAGUCCUUCAGUGUCGUGGCUGUGGCAGUUGGGUUGUUGGAAGCUGUUGCCGCACAGGGUGUGAAUGCAUCUCUGCCAAUUGUGGAUCUGGGUUACCAGUUGCACCAGGCUUAUGGAUUUAACGUGAGUUAUCCAAUUCUAGCUCAUCCAGUUGAAGAGCAGAAGGUCGUCGACCAUCGAGACACUGCACAGUGCGGCGAGUCUGGCGGUUUCUACAACUUUUCCAACAUUCGUUACGCAGCACCACCUGUAGGUGAACUGAGAUUCGCUGUCCCUCAAGAGCCCGCAGUCAACAGGUCCGCUGUGAACAUCGGAGAUGUCGGAAGUCGGUGCCCACAAGCUACGCCUGCCUGGAGUGCUAUCACUCGCGAAUUCCUUCUCAGUCUCCUCACCGGCGCUCCGUUCAAUGCUACUACCUACGUCCCACCAGGCGCAAACGCCAGCUCUCCAGCGCCCCCAGCUGGACCUCUGGAAACCGAAGAUUGUCUGUUCCUCGAUGUUUUCGCUCCCAAGGCCAUCCUCGACAAAGCGAACUCAUCUAGCUCUGGCGCCCCAGUCCUCGUCUGGAUUUACGGAGGUGGUUAUACAGUUGGAGAUAAGUAUAACAACCCGGCUGGUUUGCUUGCCGCGUCUGGUAACACAAGCUUGGGAGAAAUUGUCUACGUAUCACUCAACUAUCGCCUUGGGGCUCUGGGCUGGAUGGGAGGGCCUGAUUACCAGUCUGAAGGCGGCACAAGUAACCUCGGGCUUUACGAUCAAAGGUUUGCGCUUGAAUGGGUCCAGAAGAACAUCCACCUGUUCGGCGGUGAUCCAAAACAAGUGACAGUAUUCGGAGAGAGCGCGGGAGGAGGCAGUAUCAUGCACCAAAUCACCGCUUAUGGGGGCGAGAAGGGAGCUGUUCCGUUCCAGAAAGCAGUGCCCCAAUCUCCAGGCUGGUCUCCCAUCUCGUCACAAUCAGUACAGGAUGAUAACUACCGGAAAUUCCUCGAGCUAACGAACAGCACCAGCCUGGCUGAUCUGCGUGCUCUAUCGUCUGAGGCCGUGAUCAAGGCAAACAAACAGCAAGUCAUGUACGAACCAACCUACGGUCAGUCUGUAUACGGUCCUGCCGUAGACGGUGAUUUCGUUCCACUUCAACCGGGACAGCUUCUUGCUCAAGGCCGUUUCGCCAAGGACGUGCAGGUUAUGGUCGGUCAUAACGCUGAGGAAGGCGCGCUUUUCACGCCGCCGUUCAUCCAAUCGUCUGAUGAUUUGGAGAGUUUCAUUCGAACCAAUUUCCGAGGCAUUCCACAAGAGUCUGUCGAUUACAUUACCGAGACUCUCUACCCAGCUGUGUUUGAUGGAUCUCUAGGCUAUACCAACCAAUUCGAGCGAGCAGACAUAAUGGUCUCGGACUUGGCAUUUACGUGCAACACCAAUUACUUGAGCACUGGCUUCGACAACAAGACCUAUUCUUAUCUCUUUGCUGUACCGCCAGCUCUUCACGGCUUCGAUGUACCCUACACAUUCUAUGAUGGCGGUGCUCUUAGCCUCCCAGGGCAGGGUGUGACCAACCGUACCGUAGCGAUAGCGCUUCAAGAUUUCAUCACAAGCUUCGCAAUGACCGGGGUACCGGAAGCCGAAGGUGUGAAGCACUUCAACAUGUACGGCCCGGAUGCACGCGUGCUGGAACUCAACAUCACCGGCAUUGAGGAAAUCAGGGAUUCCAACGCCGGACCGAGAUGCAACAACUCGAAACCUCCUCCCUUUAAAAGCUUCUUCCGUCCGUUGAUAAAAGAUACAUACAUCUCCUCACACAUCCCGCAUCAAUUGCAUAUACGAACCCAUCAACUCAACCCACACGCACACCUUACCUACCUCUCUCACAAACAAACAAACAAACAAACCGUCAUCAUGUUCCGCGCCCAGAUCACCCGCCAGGUCCGCCUUUUCAGCACCUCCCCCAUCGUCCGCAAGAGCCCCGUCGAGACCGUCAAGGAUGCCGCCAAGACGGUUGACAGGACCAUCUCGGAUCAGGUCGUGAAGGGCAUCGAGAAGGGUGAGGAGGUCACACAAAAGGUCAAGGAGGCCGUUCCCGAGUCCACCGGCGAGGCCAAGGGCCAGGCCAACCAGGCUGCCGGCCAGGCUAAAGGCAAGGCCAGCGAGGUCGCCGGCGAAGCCAAGGGCAAAGCACAAGAGCUCAAGGGCGAGGCCAAGGGCAAGGCGCAGCAGUUGUAA